AUGGCAGACCAAUUUCCCCAACAAAUGCGCGCAGCAACCAUCAAAGACUUCAACAAAGGCUACGAAGUAAAAGACGUAAAGGUUCCCGCCGAACUCGGUCCAAACGAUGUCCUCGUCAAGAUUGCUGCCGCAGGCUACUGCCACACAGAUCUCCAAGUCCAGCAGGGCGUUUACGCCUCCGCCGGCGCGAAGCCAGGUCUCGUUGGUUCCCACGAACCCGCUGGCACCAUCGUCAAGCUCGGUUCCGAAGCAGGCAAGCAGGGCCUACAAGUAGGCGACCGCGUCGGCUCCAUCAACACCUACGGCUGCUGCGGCAAGUGCAACUCGUGCAACCAGGGGAAGCAGGUCUGCGAUAACCUCGUCGGCGUGCUGGGACUGACCCUCGACGGCGGAUUCGCGCAGUACAUGAAGGCCGACGCCCGUGUCGUGGCCAAGAUUCCCGAGUCAAUCCCCUGGGCUGAGGCCGCGCCUUUAUUCUGCGCCGGUGCGACUGUCUACGGUGCACUUUGUGCCGCGCAAGGCCAGAAAGACCAAUGGCUUGUCAUUAUCGGCAUCGGAGGCCUGGGACACCUCGGUGUACAGUAUGCCAAGGCAUUGGGAUACAAGGUCAUUGUCAUCGACAAUAGACAAGAAGGUCUCGACCUAGCCAACGACGUGCCCUCACACCUGAAGCCCGACCGCACGUACCUAAUUGACACUGAAGAGUCUCAGAAGAAGGUCGUCGAAGAGCUCCAGACUUCAUUUUAUGAUACCAACCCCGGCGUCGACCGCGUCGUCAUCACGACCGAAGCACGGCCGCUCGUCAGGUUCGGACAGCAAUUCUUGCGCAAGGGUGGUGUACUGGUCGAUGUCGGUCUCCCUGCCGACGGACCUUUCGAAGUCGAUCCCUUCGCGCUGAAUUUCAAGGAGCAGACUGUUCGUGGUGCGUUGAUUUGCACUCCUGAACGGAGCAGAGAGAUGGUUGAAUUGCAUGCGAAGAAUGGUUGCAAGACGCACAUUGAGAAGACGUAUGGUGUCGACCAGGCCAAUGAGAUGGCGGAACACUACUUGUCUAAGCAACUCAAGGGCCGUUUGUGCAUGGUUUUCUAG